UCUAGAUGUGUGUUUUUGCAGGAGCAGUGUCCUUUAAGUUCAUUAGAGUGACUCAAACCAAAAACUAUAAGUCUGUUCGACUGAUUUCUUUCGAAUUUUGCAGUGUGUGCAUUUGUGAAUCAGAUUACACUGGUCAUGCUUUGCGUUCUUCUUUUUGUCUCAUCAAAUAACUCACAACUUGGGUAAAAUUGCUGUACUGUGUGAUUUAUUUUGCAGCGGCACUGUAUACUGUAUGUAGUAGCAGCACAGCAAACUAAAACCAAAUAAUUCGAUUUUACUUUGUGCUACUUCACAAAUGAACCCUGUUUACAAACAAAUUUAUUGAGGUAGCAUUUUUAUGUAGUUUGAACAGUUGCUUAUGGUGAACUUAGCUCUGAUCUUUUAAUGGCAAAUCAGAGAGUGAAUGUAACAAUUCUAAAUACCCAACUAAAAGAGAUUGAUUAAUGUCCCUUACAAGGAUUCGUUUUUGGUCUUUGUUGUAAGAUGCUGACACCUUUACGCUGUAUCCUCUGUUCUGCUGUGUAUUGUGUUUCUCUUCUCUGUUCAGUGAGGUUGAGUCAUGAAGCAUAAAAUGAGACGUCACUUUUCAUUAGAGGACAGGAGAGAAGAAUAGACAAAAAAAAUAAAAACAGAUUGCUUUGGGAGGAGAUAGUGAGUGAGUGAGAGAGAGAGAGGGAGGCUAAAAUAGAUUGGAAACUGCGAGGAAGGAAAGAGAAGAUUGAAGUUGGCAUGUGUGUGUGUGUGCGCGCAGGUGUGUGUGUGCAACAUCUGCAUCAUCAAUGUUCUUCUGAUUCCUCUAUUUCUUGAAACAGACAACCGUAGCAUCACAGGUUGUGUAGCCAGGCAGCAGGAUCACUAAACUAAGCCUUUCGUUUGAUGAGGAUGAGGACGGACAGCUAGCAAGGGUAAUGCACUGGAAAGUUGCGCUGAGGCAGAGGUUUGGAGGUAUACAAGUAUAAUUUGAGAUUUUAAUGAGAUCUUAAUCUGAUAAACAUCCUUCAAGAGAUUAGACAUCAUAUCCAUGACUCUGUGCAGAAACAGAGUGUGUGAGACAGAAAGAGAGAGAGAGGGCGAGGGAGUUGUGUAUUUAUGAAUAUCGAUUUUUCAUUUUGUCUUUUUUUCCAGUAUUUGUGACUCCAGAUCAGGUCCGCAGCAGUGUUUGUGUGUGUGUUUAUGUAUGUGUGGGUCAGAUUUUUUGCUAUAUCUAUAUGAUCUCAAUGUCCCUGCAAGGUUAACAAAACCUGAAAUCUCCUACAGUUUCCAUGAAGAAUAAAGCUUAAAGGGACAUUAUUUACUCAUUCUCGUGUCAUUUCAAACAUGUACACUGCCCCCCCCCCCCAUAAAACUGGUGGAAAACCCUUCAAUAGCAAUAUUCAGAACUUUUGUUGAAUCAGUUGAUCCAGUUCACAAAAUAUGUUUGAAUUAUUCAAUAAUAAAUAGUAUUGAUCUGUUUCUCACUGACUCAGUGAUUUAGUCACAAUGGUUAACAAAUGUUUGUUUUAAAAGGCUAGUAACAUGAGUCUUCAUCUCAUGUACUCAAGUCAACGCAAAUGUAAAUGAUUUGACAUAUUUUUCAAAAUUAUUAUUCUUUUCUUAAAGGAACAAGUUCACUCAAAACACAGCAGAAGUUAAUUUGUCAAGUGCUUUUUUGUCCAUACAGUGGAAGUCAGUGGUAAUCAAAAUAUUCUUCAAGAUAUUUUACUUCAUAUUUCACAGAAGAAAAUAAGUCAUAGAGGUUUGGAACAACAUGAGGAUAUAGAUUAUCUGAGUGAAUUAAAACAGCAUUUUCAAUUUUGUGUCAACUAUUCAUUUAAGUUAUACCUUUUAUGCCCCUUUAAAAUGUACAAAGUUUCUGUGAUAGUAUUAAGAGUAGAAUAUAUCAAUAUAGCUCAGUUUACAACAUGUGUGCACAAACAUGGGUUUUUAUUGUGCACGCCGUGUGACAGAGUUUGUGCGUGUGCUCGCAUGUGUGUUCACAUCAGUUGACUCACCUGGGAAAGCAAAUGAUAGGUUACGUAAUCAGGGCAAAUAAAAUCACAUCAGAUUCUUUCAACUAAACACACAGACACACACAUAUACUGUGUUCCCAAAUGUGCGCAUCUGUAUGUCCCUCCUUCUGUUCCCUUCUCCUGGCUUAUGUGUGUGUAUCUUGGCUGCUGUGUAACAGGUCCAAAUGUAAAUUCAUUUAAGUCCUUGUGAAAACAGAUUUUUAUUAGUGUUUACUGCAAUGCCUCUAAUGUGGAUAUAUGCAGCUGGGACGGGUGCCACCAGAGGGCACACUCUGACUCUUUUUUUCUUUUCUUUUUUCACAUCAAUGUAACUUUAACCCCUGAAGCUUUAAAAGCCCCUAUCUAGCCCUUUUGUGAAAGCAAUCAUUCAGGCCGUUAACUCCGGAUGCUCUGAGUCGGAUUCUAAUCGAACUUAUGGGUAAAUCAGGAGGAAAACAGCGUGGUCGAGGCUGCUGAAAGCUCCAGCGAGGUGCAGAAUGGCCAUGCAGAGGCUAGUCCAAACCCCAGCACCAACUGCUUGUGUCUGGGCCAGGCCACUCAGAACCGGGACCAGAUGAGGGCCAAUGUCAUCAAUGAGAUCAUGAGCACAGAACGACAUUACAUCAAACAUCUGAAGGACAUCUGUGAGGGGUACCUCCGUCAGUGUAAAAAGAGAAGAGACAUGUUUAACGACGAUCAGCUGAAAGUGAUCUUUGGAAAUAUCGAAGAUAUUUACAGAUUCCAGUUGAGCUUCGUCAGAGACCUGGAGAAACAGUUUAACACUGAAGAACCUCAUCUCAGCGAGAUCGGACCUUGCUUUUUGGAACACCAAGAUGGAUUCUGGAUCUACUCGGAAUACUGUAACAACCAUGUGGAUGCCUGCAUGGAGCUCACACGUCUCAUGCGAGACGCACGAUACCAGCACUUCUUCGAAGCUUGCCGAUUGGUUCAGCAGAUGAUCGACAUCGCCAUUGAUGGCUACCUGCUCACACCAGUCCAGAAAAUCUGCAAAUACCCUCUACAGCUGGCAGAGUUACUGAAAUACACAGUACAAGAACACAGUGAUUAUCGGUAUGUGGCUGCUGCGCUUGCUGUAAUGAGAAAUGUCACUCAGCAAAUCAACGAACGCAAACGAAGGCUUGAGAACAUUGACAAAAUUGCCCAAUGGCAGGCAUCGGUACUGGACUGGGAGGGUGAGGAUAUUCUGGACAGGAGCUCAGAGCUAGUGUACACUGGGGAGAUGUCCUGGAUAUAUCAAUCAUAUGGGCGCAGCCAAACCAGAAUCUUCUUCCUAUUCGAUCACCAGAUGGUCCUCUGUAAGAAGGAUCUCAUUCGCCGUGAUAUUCUCUAUUAUAAGGGUCGGAUUGAUAUGGAUCAUUAUGAGGUCAUUGACGCAAUCGAUGGCCGAGAUGAUGAUUUUAACGUUAGCGUGAAAAACGCCUUCAAACUGGCCAACAGAGACACAGACGAGAUCCAUCUGUUCCUGCCCAAAAAACUGGAGGAGAAAAUCCGUUGGCUUCGGGCGUUUCAAGAGGAAAGAAAGAUGGUCCAGGAAGAUGAGAAGAUUGGGUUUGAAAUCUCUGAAUAUCAGAAGAAACAAGCCGCCCUGACCGUUAGGAGAGUCACCAAACAGAAAGGUGUGGGCCGGUCGGGGCCCCCAACAUACCCACCUCCUUUGGACCCCAUGAACCCCGGGCAGUACCUCCUCCCUGACGGCUACGGGCAGGCGGACGGAUAUGAAUACGAGCCCAAACGCAGCACAUCUCCCUUCUGGCAGAACUUCAGUCGGUUGGCUCCCUUUAAAAAAUAGAACACAUAUCCAGCAGGGGUGGGAUACACCAGCCCCUGUAUACUUGGAAAAGCACUAUUCUACUUAAGAUACAUCUACGGGAUUUGAGAAGGACCCACACACACACACAAACUACAGGAGAGAGGACAGACCUCGCUUUACUGGGGUUUACCUGGCGUAUUACUUUCACUGGGGUUACGGGGACAUCUUGCUGGGCUGGCUGCACCGAAUACUGCACACGACAAAAAAUCACGCAAACACGCACACACAAAACAUCGAUUUUAUUCCUCGGCACUCUUUUUAGAGAGGUUUUAAAUCAUGAAAUAUGGAAAAUCUCUUAUGGUUCCUUCUUCUCUAUACAAAUCGACAAGAUAGUGAACUUUCACCGUUUGAAGCACUAAACCACGGUAAUGACUCUUGCUCUCUAGCGCCGCCCUGGUGUUCCUCCGUGCACUGUGACUAUUUGGGGCAUUGUCUCUCACCCAGUCUCUCUCGAUCUCAUACUCCACAUUAUCAUCUGUUUUUCCAACAGUUUCAAGUCUGAUCAAAGCUGAAGAUUUUUUUUCCCUGGACAAUUACUCCUUGGAUGGAACCUGCUGCACUCUUUGGUUUGUUUUGCAUGAGAUUCAGUUCAUUACAGGUAUUUUUAUUUAUGUUGUUAUAUUCGUACUGGUCUCAAAAAGAACAGUGGAUCACGAUUUGCAAAUUUGUCGCGCAAGUUGUGCUUACACUGGUCACGGUAUACUGGAACAACUUUGACAUUCAGAGAGAACUUCAAUCAACCUUUAGAUACCUUGAUUAAGCUACAGACCAGAGAAACCUGAAGGAGGAACAGUUUUUCUCUGAACAGAGGAUCUCUGUAGCGUGUUUACGUCAGAGCCUUGUUUAUCCUUAGGUCUUGAUCUUGGUUUCACCAUUGUUUCCUCUCUCCCGUCAUAAGUUCAAUCUGACAGAAGACGGGAAACCCCCCCAAAAAGUAAUAAUGCCACCUCUGAGCCCUGCCUUCAUUUUAUGAGGAAUGAUACCCGGACCAGGGCAACUUUAAUCCUGCUGAUCAACUUCAUAAUGACGUGCCAAUUAAUCUCUAACGUGCCAAAAUAGUCUAGUUGGCAAAUUUUCCUCUAACAGGUGCACUGGCAUGUGCAAAUGCCAACCCCAUGAGCUGGUUCCCCGCCAUGUGACUUCUCAGGCGAACAUUAAGUAAAGAAAUUUGGUUAUCGCUGCUAGGAUUAGCAUGACAUAGCGUUUGUUUUUGUUUUCUGGUUUUGUUUUUUUGGGGGUUGUUUUUGGUUCUCUAUAUAUAUAUAUAGACAGUAUAUAUUUAUUUAUUUAUUUAUUUAUUUUCCCCCAAAUUAAGGGACCUGUGCAAAAAUUAAUUUAUGGUAUAUUUCACGUUUUGUCUGAUAACUUUCAAAGGAUAGUAUUUAGUCCACUCACAAUAUUUAAAGUAUUGCUAUAAAACAUUAUUUAUUCUAUUCAAGUGUGAUUUUCUUUUUUUCCAUCUUGUUCCUCUUUCUAUAUUUUAGAGCUUCUGCUGGAGUGUUAAAGACCCUUUUAGGGCAUAAAAAUGUAAGAGGACUUUAUGGAAGAUAUAUUUCACACAUGUGUACUAAGUGCCACAUGAAACUAUUUAUGUUACAAAGGAAAAUAUCAGUUUAAUAUUUUUGAUUCAGUGAUCUGAUUGAAAUAACAUUAUAUCAUUAUUUCAUAAUAAACUUCAUUAUGGAGAAAACAGAGUUGAAAUUAG